AGAUCAUCUGAGAAGAUGCCACCCUGAUAAAACAUAGAAAGAUUUGAAAUAGUUUCAAACACUCAAAGAUAAAUUUCAGAAGAGACCUACACUGGACAGAAUGUUCGCUUCGACGUCACAAAGAAAUAAUGAUGGUUUGCGGGCGUCUUACAAUAUCUCGUUACUUAUAGCAAAAUCCGGAAAACCGCAUACUAUCGGAGAGAACUUAAUUUUGCCAGCCGUUGAAGAGGUUUUAAAAACUGUUUUACACAAACCUGCAUCUGAUAUCAUUAAAAGAAUUCCCUUAAGCAACAAUACUCUUGAAAGACAUAUUGAUGAAAUGAGUUCUGAUAUUGAAAGCUUCUUAUGUAAUUAUUUGCAAACGACCCAUUUCUCUAUACAACUGGACGAGUCAACUUUACCUGAUAAUGCAGCAUUAUUAUUGGCAUAUGUUCGUUUUAUUAUGAAUCAAGAAAUCUACGAAGAACUGCUCUUCGCAAGAACUUUGAUAACCGACACUAAAAGUGAAUCAAUAUUUCAUAUUUUGAAGGAUUACUUCAUCGAAAAAGCAAUUCCUUUAUCAAAUAUAAUAUCAGUAGCUACAGAUGGAGCACCUGCCAUGACAAGCUGCCAGGAAGACGACGUUUCAACUUACGUUCAACAUUUAAAUGCCCUCUAUUCAGAUUUUGAAUCUAGGUUUGAAGAUAUUUUGACUAUGGUAAUACCACCGUGGAUAAUUAAUCCAUAUGGUGACAUAGAAGAAACGAAUGUCAUAAUACAAGACGAACUGACUGAACUAAGUACAAACGAAGAACUUAAGGUUCAGUUUAAAAACGGAUACCAGCAAUUCUGGCUGCAAAACAACAUACCCGUUACUUAUCCCGUAUUAUGGAAUAUAGCGAGGAAAUUUUCAAUUUCCUUUCCAUCGUCAUACCUAGUGGAAAAGGGGUUCAACGCUGUUACCAAUCUCCUAACGAAAAAAAGAAACAGACUGGACAUCAUUAGCCGAGGAGAUUUAAGAUUAACCCUUACAAAAUUGACGCCCAAGUGUUGA